AUUCGCAUCAUCCAUGCGCCAACAUCCAUAAAUGCCCAUGCCGCCAUUAUCUUUGGACCAGUUUAAGUAUGGCAGGAUCCGAUGUAUCCCCAGCUAAAGCCGUACUUUUGGCAGUGCAGCUAGCUGCUGCUGUCGACCUCAAAUCCUUCGAAAGCCUUGUCUCUCGCUUUCCAAAGCCGCUUCAUAAAGAACUUGUGCUGCGAAUCAUCCUUACCUACUUGCCGGAAAUUGUCGAGGCUUCGGAAUAUGUGUCUUUUCUACACAGACUUGAGGCUGAAGAGUUAGAAAAUGACUCCGAUUUUGAACCAACAAAAUUUGGGUUGGACGAACUCGAUGAAGUACAGGCAAAGAAGAAAGUGCGGAAAUUACGUUUACUUGCUUUAGAGCCACCGUAUGAUUUCGCAGACGAAGACCCCAGCCCACUUAUUCGAUUUAUUGUUUUACGUGCGCUGCGGAUAGAUGAACAUACGGGAAUAAUCACCCAGCUUCCAGAGCUGCUACAGCCGUUUCUACACCUUUCCACAUAUCUCAGAACCUGGAUGAUCUCUACGAUCCUUCCACUGUUGCGAUUCAACUACGAAUACCACCCAGAAGGAGGAAUCCCUCUCACGAUUCCCAAGUUUGAACGUCUGGAUGAUGAAGCUGGUGUCAAGCUACUUCUUUCCAAGACGGCCAGUGACGAAGAAAGUACAGAGAGCAAUGUUGGACGCGAUCUAAGGGGCUUGGUUGGGCCAUGGAUGUAUGGGGAUACCAGAUGGAAACGAAGAAAAUCGAGAUUAGAAUCUCAACCAGGACUACAACAUUCUACGCACUUUGAUCAGAACCCCGUUUCGAAUGAGAAGUGUAUUGGUUGGGAGGAGGUAUUUAAAUGGAUUACACAGCAGGCAGGAAGUUCGUGGAGAACAGCAGUAGAUGCUAUUGAACAAUGGGAUGGUCCAGGGGAUGUCGACGUUGGGGAGUAUGGUAAUGGCUCGAUUUGGCUGGACGAAGAUGAGCAACAACUGCUGGAACGACGAUAUGCUCGAGCGGCGCUGGCUUCUGCUUAUUUGGUUCCUGAAGAAAGUGAGGAUGCUCUGAAUGGAGUCUACCGAAUUCUGGAACGACUCAUCAUACUUAUGGACCAGGACAGAGUGCCGUCGUUACCAGCAGCCUGCUCUUUGUUGAUGCCUAUCUUCAUGGACGAAGAAUUCCCUACGGCCAAGCAUUCUCUACACCUUCGCAAUAAUCUUCUUAGUGAAGAGAACAACUUGACGAAACCAGGAGAGGUUUCGGUCCAAAUUUUACAUGCGCUGGUUAUUUCUGCGUAUAUAUGUACAAGAAUUGGGUCUGGUUUUACUGUCAGAAGAGCCGGGGAGUUGGCAUUGCUUCAAGACGAGACUGAGCAAAAAAUCGAAUUUGGCAAAUUGCUAAUUAAUGUUCGCAAUGGGCCUAAAGGAGACGAUGAAUACUGGAUCAAGUUGAGAAAUGAAAUAUUGUGGUUGCGCAGUUGGGGCGUUGAAGAAACUUUAGAAGGUGCAGAUGCUUCAAAGGGAAAGGGCAUUCUUGGUCAACUUUCCAAGGAGUUUAUUGAGGCCGAGCUUCUUACGCUACUUCUGACAAACACCCGUAUGCACAUUUUGACACUGAACUGUCCACAUCACUUUAUUAAUAGUAUUUCUAGGAUACACACUCGCUCGAUCUAUUUACGAAAAGUCCCCAGACCGACCAUUAUCGAAGAAACCGCUGGAGGAUACCGUUAUCGCAGCAGCCAUGAACGCUUACGAUAACGCUACGAACCCCAACAAAACCAGAGGGGGUGUUAAGAAAUGUCAUGACAUGUAAGUCCUUGUACCCUGCUAUUUCCUGGCUUAGUGCUGAUUUGAAUUGCAGACUUCAAGCAUUUCCAGAUACCUUGAGUGAUUCUCUCCAAAGACACCAACUCGAAAGCUUGGUUAAUGUUACGCAUUCCCUCGAGAACUACAGGCUUGUCUUCAAGCAAGGAGAAAACUUCAAGCCUGUUACUCUACGCGUGCAUGGUGAUCCUAUAUCGAUUAUUGGCAAAGUUCUAGACCAGAAUGAGAGGAGUUAUCUCAAGAUUGUGGAUUUUCUGGCUAUUGGUAGGGAGAUGGUCAAAGCUGGACUCACCAUGCGGAAUGUCGAUGGCUCUUCCAAAGAAAUAGAGGAGAAGGAUCUCAAUGAGCAAUUACUGAUCGCAGACAAGCGGGUCGUCAGCAUGUGUAUUGCGGCUGCUCUUGCGGAGGACGACUUCGAAACAGCAUAUUCAUAUGUGGUGACACGGCUGAAGAAGAUUGGGGGCCCUGCUCAAUCACGCUCACCUCAUGUUGAUCAUAAUGUCUCGGGGCUUACAGCGGAAAUACCACCAAAAAGUAUCGAUGAUUGGUCCUGGCUGGCAGCUUUGGAAGCUGGAAAGUACCGGCGCAAUCCAAACACCAUCUCACCCGCAAAUCAAGUCAACGGAAGCGCAAGUGACAAUGUUAGGCACCUUGAACAGCGCAUCGAAUGCCUGGCGCAAGCACUACGACUUGCUCCCAAGUCGACACUCCAAGAUAUUUUGAAUGCGUAUCGUCGGUGUGAGGAAGAACUUGAGGCGGCAGUGAAACUAGAAGCGGAGCAAGAAGCACUUUGGGAUACACAAGGGGAUGAUCAGUUCAUGCCUGGUGGCUUUCAGUCCAAUGCCCCUACUAAACAAAUUACGACAAGCACCAACGCUCGUACAAAUGAGGAAGCCCCAAUGUCUCUGUUCGAUCUCUCCAGAGCAAGUAUGGCAAGAGCCCAGACAGGGUUCUCUGCAUUAUCAAGGCUUCGUGGCAGUACUGAGUCCGAAAAACCUGACUCUCGUGAACUAUGUGAUUCACCAGGGCAACCUAAAGUUGGAACGAGAAAAAGAGAUCAGGUGAAGAACCUUGCCGUUGGAGGGCUGGCAUCUGGCAUUGGCUGGUUGAUUAAUGCCCCGGCGCCUCAGAUGGAGGAUCAUGAUGAGCAAUGAGGGAAUGUAUUUU